AAGGUACUUGUAAUUGGUGCGGGCAUGGCAGGUGUUGCGGCAGCUAAGUCUUUAGGAGAAAAAGGUUGCUCAAAUGCUUUGAUUUUGGAAGGAUCUAAUAGGAUUGGCGGUCGUUUAAAAUCAUUCAACAUGUCUGGAUAUACAGUGGAGUUAGGUGCGCAAUGGAUAUAUGGUCUUGGCUCUAAUCCUAUGGUUGCGUUGGCAAACGAAUAUGGACUAGCAAUAGCUCCAUAUGCCUCUUCUGCGGUUGUUCGGGACAAGUUUGGGAAUGAUGUAACAGAAGAGGCGUUCAAGGAAUGGUAUCGCCUUAGAUCCGUAAUGAAAAAAGCGAAAGAAUUCGGCCGUAAACUUCAAAGAGAUCAUAAACCUGACAUUACUUAUGAAGCUUUAUUGCGUAAGUUUGGAUGGAAUCCGGUUGACAUUGCGGCUGAAGCUAUGGAGAGUUACGAACUUGAUAUCAUAAAUGGAAAGGAAACACCUUCGGUUUCUGGCAAAUAUUCGGAUACACUACGUGCUUUCGAAGAGCACAAUAGCUAUGUCUGGAUGAUUGCCAGUGACCCUAGAGGAUAUUCUUAUAUUAUAGAGGAAAUGGUAAGAGGCUUUCGUAAUGGUCAGAGCAUAUCAUUCAACAAGACGGUUACAAGUAUAAUAAACUGGGAUGACGAAAAUGCACCGGUUAAAGUAUUUACUGAGGAUGGAUCGAUAUACGAGGCAGAUGACGUCAUUAUCACUGUCAGUCUUGGUGUUCUGCAAUCUAGAAAGAUCAGUUUUAAUCCACCUCUGUCAGAAAAUAAAAUGAUGGCUAUUGACAAAUUUGGUUUUGGACAAAACACACUCGUGUAUUUAAAAUUUCCAACUGCCUUUUGGGAUAACGUCUCUGCUAUAGUAUAUGCUUCGGAGAGACGCGGUAAAUAUAACACUUGGUUUAACAUGAACUAUGUAUAUCCAGGAUGUAACAUACUCCAAGUGAACGCAAACGGUUUUGAGGGAGAGGCAGUAGAACGUAUGACAGAUGCUGAGACAGUUGAAGAACUAAUGGGCAUUUUUAGGUCAAUGUAUCCAGACGCCAAUAUUUCGCAACCUGAAUCCAUUGUAAAAUCUGAUUGGCUGACCGAUCCUCUCACAAUGGGGUCAUAUUGUUACUGGACUCCUGCAUUUAGACCGGAAGAUAUGGACAGUCUCGGGAUGUCAGAAGGGAAUCUUCAUUUCGCCGGGGAGUGUAUAAGCCAGACAAAUUACGGUUUCGUGCACAGUGCGUACACUUCAGGGAUACAUGCAGCGAUGGACCUUGCAGAAAGUGUAAAUCUCGAAGAAAUGUUUGACAAGGACAAGAAGAAAUAAUGGAUACCGCUUUUUUCCUGUAGAUGAGAAGAUGUUCCGUCAAAUUUUUUUUCAAAUACAAAUUCAGAUAAUUUUUUCUUAGUUUUUUUUUUGUUUCUCUCGCACUGAAUUAAGUAUCGAAAGCUUACAUUUAGCGUUUGUUUAUAAUUUUUUAAAAUGUAGUGUGAUAAUUUUGUCUCCCCUUCCAAUAGUUAGACAAACAAGGUAUACCUAACCUGAAACCGUGGCUUAGUGAAGCAUUAUGAAUUACUACCUCAUUAUCGAAAGAAUUUCCCAAACCCUUUUUUACCGUACGGAA